AUGGCGAAUUCAUAUGAGCAAGAUCUCAUUCAAUCGAUUCAAAAGGGAAAUCUAGAAAGAGUUAAGUCGUUGUGGAUCGGCAAAAAUGACAUAAAUCGACCAUUUCUUAAAAAUGAAGAAAUUCCUGUCGUAAAUAAAUCAAAUACCUAUCCAUUUCCUUACAUCAAACAUCCUACAAUUGUAAUAUAUACCAUUCUAUGUGAACAACCAGACAUUUUACUUUAUUUAUUACAAAAUAAAAAACCAGAUCUUUCUAUUUACGUAAAUGGAUGGGCUGCAAUCCACUAUGCAGCAUGCACAAAAGACUAUGAAUGUAUGAAAAUUCUAUUAAAAUUCCAAAAUAUCCAAGAAAACAUAGAUUUUCCAGUAAUAGAACCAAUAAAGGUCAAUGAAGGUCAUCCAACUACAGCAUUACACAUAGCUACUACCAAUAGGCGCCAUGCACAAGUGAUAUUAUUAACACAGCCUUUACCUCAAAUUGAAUACGAUGGUAACUUCACAAAGAUCCCUGAUGGAUCAGAAAUAUUUACAUACAAACCAGCAAAUGUACUACAGAAGUCAGCAUUUGGCAACUAUCCCAUUCAUAUUGCUGUCAGGCAAAAUGAUUGGGAUUUAUGUCAAAUCCUUCUUUCCAUUUCGGACGAUUUAUCACUCAAAAACGAUAAAGGUCAGACUCCGAUUGAUAUUGCUGUACAAUUCAAGAAGCACGAAAUAAAACAGAAAUUAGAAACAAAUUUGAACAUUCAAAUCGACGAAAUCAGGUCGAAAUACAUCAUUUCUACAAGAAAGAAGACUUUUGUUCAGCAAGAAGACUCGAUUUCCACUCAAGAAACAGAAGAAAACUUCGAACAAUUGGAAUCACUCCAAAAAACAAUUGGAAACAUGAACCAAACAAUCCACACAAUGAGCUAUAAAGUUGCUGAGCUAGAACAGAAGACACAAAUGCCAAAGAACAAGUCUGUGAUCAAAUCUUUUGAUUUCAAACCAUGUUGCAACUGUGGAUCAUUGGAAACAAACCAAUGCAGCAAAUGUGGAUCAUUUUACUGCAAAGAGUGCUUCAAUUCAGCAUCACAUUCAUGCAACAACUCAUAA